UUUAAAUAAAAUAAUAUCGUGUCUAUGUUUAAAAUCUAAAAGAAGCAGGGGCAGAUAGUGCUCGGAACGUUUUUUCAUGUAACUAUAACUCAACCAAAUCUAAAAUGUUACCUUGUCCCUUCCUAAAUUGCGGCAGCACGUGUUUUUUAAUUUUGUUGGUUUAUAAUGUCAUCUAUCUGCGACUGUCAAUUUGACAUAUUGUUAUUCACUUGUGGAUACUUGUGAAUGCUACGCCUUGUUUCGUUGUUAUUGUUGAGUUUUCGUGGUUUAGUUGUUAUUUGUUACUGUUUUUCUGUUUGUUAUUGUUACUAUAUUAGUGUUACGUAAUUUUGUGUUGUUCAUACAAAGCAGUACAUUUUGUUGAACUAUGAACACGGACGAUCUCGGUGCAGGCCCGAGUGGCUUGCAAGCGCAACAUGUACGUACUGAAACUGCUAGUGACGCUGAGCAACGUCAACAGCCAAAACGACGUGGCCCCAAAAUUGAACACGACGUUAAAAUAUUGUCUCCCAAGAAAAAGCGAUCAAAGCAAACACCUCUUCAUUCUGCAGAAAAAACAACAGUUUUAAAUAUUUAUAAAGACAUCAAGGGGUCCCAGUCAGAAAGUACUCCUGCUUAUAUGACGCAGUUAAUUAAUAAAACUGCAGAAAUUGCAGGCAUAUCUCGUGCAACAGUGUAUAAUAUCCUCAAAGAGUACAAUACAGAAGGUCGCCUGCAAUCACCUCCUCCUCGCCAACGGAAAUAUUCAAAAUCGGAUGAAUAUGAUGAUAUAAUAUUAAGUGGAAUACGAAGGAAAAUUCAUUCUUUUUUCUUUGAUAAUGAAUUACCGACAUUGGAUAAGAUUCUGGAAGCCGUGAAUAGUGAUGAGUCUCUACCCGAUUUUAAAAGAAGCUCUUUAUAUAAUUUAAUCAAAAACAAAUUAAAAUUUACAUAUAUUAAAAGAAGUAGAAGAAGUGCCCUAAUCGACAGACAGGAGAUUGUAUUAUGGAGGGUGAAAUAUCUCCAUGAAAUUAAGAGAUUAAGGAAUGAAGGAAAAAAAAUAUAUUAUUUAGAUGAGACUUGGCUAAAUGAAGGUAUAGUGCUGCUAAUAUUUGUGAAGUCUGGAAGAAGGGGGUUUUACAUAACUCGGUAAAUAGCUAACCAAGUUAUGUAAAACCUCCUU